AUGGACCACGCCUAUCUGAAUGUCCUCCACGCGGACUUUCUGAGAAAAGAGAGUGCUAUUUCUCCCCACACGUUGGCGUUCCAGACAUCAAUCGUGGUCCGGCGAGGACAGGUGUGUUACCUGUGGCUGGUGCUCCCUGGGGCCCUGCAGUCCUGGGACAGCCUGAACCUGCAGUUCAGAUGGGCCAAAUCCUGGCAUCUUCAAAACACAGUGGUGGUGCUCUGUCCAAGGUCAUCCGCAAAGCAUCAUCGCUGGCAGGCGACCAAUCCCAGUGAGUCUGGUGUAGAGGUCAAGGUGGCUGUCAGCACCCCCCUCAACACCAUCGUGGGCAAGUACCACCUGCAAGUGAAAAGUGGGAACAAACACAUCUUUAAACAUGAGGAAAACAUUUUGUAUAUUCUCUUCACCACAUGGUGUGAAGGUGAUAUGCAACUCAGGCUGGCUGGGGGAGUGUCGGGGGAGACUCACGUUUCCGUCAAAGAAAAACCCUGGAACUUCCGUCAGUUUGAGAAAAACAUCCUGAAUUGCUGCAUUUACCUGCUGAGCCAGAGUCCCCUCGAGACCAUGGAGUUGAAGGACUCUGUGCUGGUGUCCAGGGCAGUGUGUGCUCUGCCCCCACUCCCCACCCACCGAGACCAGAACAUGAGCUACUUGAAGGUGGGUCUGGUCCCAAAGGGCCCCUGGAACAGGGCCAGGCUCAGGGGUGGUUUGGAGUGGGUCCUGUUCCCAAACUGCCACAUGGAUUUCCAUGUGUGGACAGAAGUCUGGACAAAGUGACUAGAUCUGCCUGAGGGCUAUGACAGGCAGGCGGGGGACAGCAGGCCGCAGGAGCUCAGCUUGGAGUACAAACUACCUAAAAAGGAGGACCUUCUUCAGAUACAUGUUCAGGCAGAUCCUGUGUUGCUGGGAAACGCCGUCAAGUUCACCAUCACUCUCAAAAGAAAGACAGCUACCCCGAAGACUGUCAACAGUGAAACCGGUAAGCAGCCACUGAGGAUUAGGGUCACGCCCCUCCUCUCAGGCUCUUUGGCAGUGUCGGAAGUGACUCUGUCCUUGGACUCCAAUACCUACCUCGGCACCCUGUUCAACGAUGAGCCAAUCAUCAAAGGUUUCAUAAUUGCAGAAACUUACUUAUCUGCCUUAACUUAUGAAAACACGCACCUCACUCACAGAUAGCUUCUCCCCCCCUUCAUCCUCACCCUACCGCAGCUGCCUACCACAGGCAGAGUUGGCCAGCUACUUAUCUGCACUUGCAUCUUCAAGCAUACCCUGCACAUCCCUUUGACGAACGCCAAGCUCUGUGUGGAAAGCCUGGGCAUCUCCCCGUUGCAGACCUUUGACCAAGCGUGA